GCCUGGCUGACAGAAAUCCAAGAGUACGCAAAGCAGGACGUGGUCCUGAUGCUGCUGGGAAACAAGGUGGACUCGACACAGGAGCGAGUGGUGAAGCGAGAAGACGGGGAGAAGUUAGCCAAGGAAUACGGUGUGCCCUUCAUGGAGACCAGUGCCAAGAGCGGACUGAAUGUGGACUUGGCGUUCACGGCCAUUGCCAAGGAGCUGAAGCACAGAUCGAUGAAACUUCCCAACGAGCCCCGGUUUAAGCUGCACGACUACGUCAAGAAGGAAGUGAAAGGAUCUGGUUGCUGCAGGUCAUAAGCGCAAGCACUUUCCUGUGUGUGCUGCCGUCCGGGGAUCGGGGUGCGCAUCCCUUGUACAGAGACUCGCAACAAGCGUCGCGUGUAUUGUUGCUGGACCCAUCUGUGUGCCGCUCACCUCCCUCCCUGCCUCCCCACUGCGGAAACGUCCGCAGGUCUCUUCUGUAUCUCUCUCCUGUAUCUCAAGGAAGCGUGAAGGAGCAGGCGGAAGUCGAUGGGUUCCCCCCCUCCCCCGCCCAGCCAGCUCUGGCGACAUGGCUCAAAUGUUAAAUCGGUUGGGACUGGAGGGUAAUUAAGUGUGACCUGAAACUGAGCCCACCCGUUGGUCCCAGGAAAAGGUGGGUAACAAAGAAUCAGGGCUGGCCCUCCCAAGGGACGUGUUCUGCCCAAGCACCACAAGAGCAAAAGCUGUGCCAGUACAUCUGGGCUCACACAGAUGUGCCAGUACAUCUGGGUUUGCUGCGCUCAGACAGGACACGUCGGGAGAAGGAUUAUACCUCCUUGUUCUGUCCCCCGUUGUUGUGGGUGUAAGGUGUGGAGGAUCCCGAUCCCUUCCGGCCUUAGGCCUCGUCUUUCUAGAGGUUUGGGUUUGUACCUCAAUUGCUCGGGCGUUUUUGUUUUUCUCAACCACCAGCGUGGGCCAGUAGGCUUAGCGAAGCGUAGUGUGUUUGGUGUGCUCUGUCGACCAGCUUUCGAUCGUCCGAGCUGGGGGGAGGCUGUCGCUCUUUCCCACAAGGUUGUUUUGCCAGCCCUCUCCUCUCCGGAGGAGGGGAAGAGACCCCCAUUCCACCUCCUUUUUCAGGGCUCUUUUUGGCCACUGGAAUUUCUAUCGCUUCCUCCCAGAGUGCAAACGCUUUGGGUGUGUUUCUGUGGUGUGCGCGUGUGGCUUUUUUUUUAGAGAGACGUGCAAUACAAAGAGAGCGCUUUUUUUAUACACUGGAGAUCGCCGUUCUCAUUUCAAGGGGUUGGGGUUGGUCCCCCCUCGGUUCUUUGCUGCGAUUCCUGCAGUUGCUUUCGGAGGCCAGUAGCGGGGCAAGGAGGGGUUUCCUCAAGUGUCACACCAACCUAUUCCAGCAGCGGUGGUGUUUGCUUCAGGGACGGUCUAGAUCCUCGCGUGCAACAGGAUGUAGAUGAGACAGGACCCCUUCAGACUGCGGGGAAUAGCAGCUCUCUGCAAGCAGAAAACUAGCACUGCAGGGGGAAGGCAGGGCUAGGCUUGUCCUUCCUGAUGCACCAGUUUGCUUUGAGGGGAAAAGGGAGAAGUCAGGAGCUGGCACUUUUGGCCAGAGGAUUCAAGGAUGGUCCUGGGGCUGGGUUUGGGAGAAUAUUGUGCAAAGGCUGUCCCACGGAUGGGAGUUUUGUCCGUGGAGCAGCAAGGUGGCUUCUGGUCCCGGCUGGGAUCUGCACAGCAAAGGGGUCAACCCUUCCUGGCUCAGUAGCCAGAAGCCUCCCAUGGCGCCUGAGCCCCUUGCCACUGGGGGGGGGCCCUCUCAGACUCCCUUGCAGUGCUCUCGGGAGAAGGUUUGCCCAGCUCUUUCGCAGCCUCAGCCUUCAUUCUCCAUGCCGGCCUUUUAUCGCUCAGUGUAGAUAUAUGUUUUUUUUCUUCUCCUUUCAAAAGCUGCCGCACCCGCUGAUUAUUCUUUCUCAAUGUUGCCCCCAAGCCAGCUUUGAAUCAGGACGUGCUGCCGAAAGGGGCCAGUGUGCAUGUUGUGUGUGCCCAAUUCGAAGCGUUUCCUCGCAUCUCCGCCCGCCAGGGUACAAGCAGCGCCCGUGGGGCUCGGCCCCAGCGACGGGUUUUUAGAUUUUGUAUCGUGCCUCGGAAAGGCUGCUGCUGCGGCUGCUCCUUGCCCCAGCUGUGUCCCGCGCUUAGCUUCUGCGACAUUCCUUCCGCGAGAGACGCAUGGACUCCGGAGCCCGACCUGCCUGCCGGGACGCAGCUGCCGUUUUCGAUACAGGUCACUGCUGCCCCCUAGCGACGGAAGCCUGUCAGCACACACGGCCCCUUCCAACAGUGUUACGUGUACCAACUACUCGCUGGCUCUCUUUAUAGUUUUUUUUUUCUUCUU